CUUUGCCCGAUGCAUCCCAUGUGAAUCAAUAUUGAGCUUCUCCACCCUGCUGUGCUUUUGCUUGCUACCCAGGAACCUUUGCCUGAGUUCAGCAACUGAACCACUGAGCCAAGUCGCGCAGUUUUUUUCUGGUGCCUCCAUUGGCCUCAACCGCGCCGGGAAAGACACUGUGAGCCUUGAGCUGCAGCGCAGCUUGAUCCAGCCAUGCCGUUCAUGGGCAAGGUGCUGGGCCACGAGAGCACGAGAUCGCUCAUGCUCAUCGAGGACAGUGCUGCGAUGAUCGCGAGAGCCAACGAGGUACCGCUGGAGCGCAUCGGAACCAGCGUGGAGCUGGAUUACACUGUGGCUUUCUUGAAGGACAGCCUUGUCGCCGGCCUCGAUGAGAGGCUUGACCUGGAUCAGGUGAAGCGUGCUCGGAACAAGCUGCUGCAAGCGUUGCGCGGCUUUCCUACCAUCAUAGGAGGGGCAGGCGAGGAGCUGAAGGGCAUCAUCAUCUACAAGGGUCGCCCUUUGAGCGGCCAGCUGCUCCACUUCGCUGUCUGGAUUUCCGCACGUCUACGGGACAGCAGCUGUGUGGAGAGGCUGCUGCCAUACCUCUCCGAGAAGGAGCUCUUCGCAACCGCCAAGUACCAAUUGCGUUCAGGAAGUGCUGAUGAGGCUUGGCUUGACGCGAUUCACAUCGCUGCCGGUCUGGGUGCGCUUCCUGUGAUGGAAGUCCUCCUCCAGCGCGUGACGAAGGUGACUUCCAAGACGCAGCAGGAGUACAUCAACACACCUUGCCUCAUCCGGCACAGGUCCACCAAUGACCCUCCAUGGUCUGAGGAGUACUACACCCCCUUGCACGAUGCCACCAAUGCAGGCAACAACGAGGUGUCUAUGUGGCUCCUUGACCACAAAGCAGAUGCGACGGCCAUGAACAAGGACGGGGUCACUUCGCUGCACUUCGUGGCUCUCAGAGGCGUUACUGGCGGCUUGGAGUCGGAUGAGGAGGUUGCCAGAUUAGUGCGCGCGCUGUGCAGCGGCGGGGCAUCUUUGGAGACGAGGAUACCUGACAGCCAUCCGGACAUGUUGAUGUGUGGGAAGAUCCCCAUGCAGCUGGCAGCUGCGGAGCAAAGCCGCUUUCCCAAGCACAUGAUGCACGUGCUGGCGCCCUGCUUGAACCAGACGGGUCAUCACGCUCGCUUUUUUAAAGAUGUUAGCUUUUUGGCCAGUCUCAACGCCGAAGCAGCGGAAGAGGUGGUCCAUGAGCUUGUUCGGCAAGCGUCGAAGAAGCCGGAGCUGUUGCAUAGCUUCCGCUGGGAUGCGCAGCAGACGGGCCGCACUGAUAAAAUGGCUGGCAUCUUGUUCAUCGCGCCGCAAGCUGCGGCGGAGAUGCUGGAAAUGCUUAUGGUGGAGCCAGAGGUCCAGGAUGUGGCAAAGCACAAUCUCCCAACCAGGACAAGAUUCUGGCGCUUCUUUGGAAACGUGCCCAUGCGCUGUGCCUAUCGACCGGAUGUGGUGCUGCGGGACGGCGUGUCCUUCCCCUGCUGGAAGUUUGACAGCCAGAAAGACAUCAGCCAGCAGCCGAAUAUUUGGUGGCACCAGGACUUCACGCCUGAGGUGUCCAACCACAACAGCAGCUCGCACGUGAUCAUUCGGACGAUGCUGGUGCCCAACAUGCUGGACAUCGACAUUGUGAUGGCGCUGGCGCAGGUGCAGAACGAGGAUCUUCCGGUCUUCGAGAAGCACUCUGUGCAGGGUAUCGUCUACUGUCUGUGGGGCAACCUCAUUGAGUGGGUGUGGGCUCUGAACGUGCUCUUUCAGAUUGUUGAGCUGAUGGCGAUCCUUCAGUGGGGCCUGUCGGAAGAGACAUACCUUGCGGCAGGGAGAUCCUGGGUGGCUGUGUGCUGGAUAAUUCUCGCCGCCGGGAGCUUUCGAGAGCUGUUUCAGCUGCUCAUCAUGUUGGUGAACUGGCUGAAGAAGUUUCAAGGACACACAGAUCGGUUGAUGAGAAACAUGUGGCGGGGGUCGUGGACUAUUGUCAGCUGGGCUCUGCCUUCCCUUCUGCUGGCCGCUGUCCAGUUGGUCUUCGCACUGGGUGCCAAAACCAACGGCAAGCCAGGCCAGCAGUGGAAUGAGCAGGAGCUGAUUAUGAUGGUGGUCUGCGUGCUGCUAAAAAGCUGGACAAUCAUUUUCAUGAUCCGCUUGAACGCCAGCGGUGCCAAUAUCCACGCCGUUUCUGCCUCCCUCUUGGGAGGAGCCACACGGCAAAUGAUGGCCAUCACAGGGAUGAUCUUUGCCUCCUUCUGCUUGGCGUUCCUGAUCCUUGCACGCGGGAAAAGCCGUGGCUGGAUUCUGUCAUCUGCAUAUAGAGGUCUGCUCUUUGGGGAUGGAACCGGGCUCGACAACCUGGGCCUGGACAUCCAUGAAGACAGCUUCUUGAGCAACGACUACAUGCUGAUGACAGUCAACCUCAUCAGCUCCGCGUUUAUCCACAUCAUCAUUCUGAACUUAAUGAUCGCUGUCUUCAGUAGUGAGUACGACCGGGUGCAAAGCCAGACCGGCCUGAAGUUCCUUCACACGAGAUCCAAGUACUGUGCCAUGUAUUACCUCUCAUGCCAUGUCUUUGGCUGGUAUGGCGGUUGCUUCCGACUCUUGCUGGGCCUCUUGGCCUUGGCGGGAUCAGUCCUGGCGCUGACCGGCAUGGAGCUUAACCACUCCGCCCUGGUGCUCGCUCUCAGCCAAAGCCUGCUGAACAGCAGCAUGGUGCAGUGCCACUGGCUUAGCAUGGAGGGGCUGGCUUCCGACAAGUUGGAUCACUUUCUUUGGAUCUGUCACGCUGUCCACGACAUGGCCUUGUCAGUGACAGGCGAGAAUAGCAUCGAGGAGCAGCUUGGAGAGAUCCGAUCACAGCUGGAAGCGCGAUGCACAGGCAUGGAGAGGAAGAUGCAGGAGGUGGAUGCGAAGCUGGAGCACAUUCUGGCCAAGCUCAGUGGCAAGCAGGAAGUUGAUUCGCUUGACUCAGCCAAUGGAGACUCGAGGUCACAUCCUGUGCAGCAUGUAAAUAGCAUAAGCUCGCUCAGCCCUGUACAACAUGUAAACGGCGGCGGAAAGCACAUAGUGAUGGGUACUGACAAAGGUCUGGCCACCACGACCACUUUGGCACCCUUGCAAGAUUAGCGUGAGACGUCAUAGAUGCCACGCCGGCUUGCAAUCGGUCU